GGUCACACUUACACUUGCACUUGCAAAUUCUCCUUACAUUUCCCACGCCGGCACUUUUCCAUUUUCCGGAUCAUGGCGCCCCCGGCAGCGCGUGCUCGCUACAUAGCCAACAAGGCGGACAAUCAGAUUCUCUCGAAGAAACCGCCCAAGCGGCUGGGCCUCAAUGGCAGCAACAAAGACGCGGCACCGGCCGGCAAGAAGGAUAAGAAGCAAAAGGACUCGAAAAAACGCAAGCAAUCGGCGAGUGGGAGCCAGGAGAAAAGCAGCACCCCGAAUCCUAUAAUGCCCAGCGUGCAGACCGCCUUCAAGACCUUCGUGAGCGCCCGGCUUUGCAGCGCCAUUUGGGCGUACAUCGCCGACUGUGACGAGACCUUCAACUACUGGGAGCCUCUGCACUACAUCAUCAAUGGCCACGGCCUGCAGACCUGGGAGUAUAGCCCGCAAUUUGGGCUCCGCUCCUACACUUACCUGCUGUUGCAGGGCGUGCCUGGAUACCUUUACCAGAAGAUCUUCAAUCCCAGUCCCAUACUCAUCUUCUACAUGGUGCGGUGCAUGCUGGGCUUUGGCUGUGCAGUUAUGGAGAGGUUUAUGUACAAGUCCAUUUGCCAGGAGUUUGGCAUACACAUCGGUCGUCUCUGGCUAAUAUUCCAACUGUUCAGCGUCGGCAUGUUCGUGUCCAGCACUGCUCUGUUGCCCUCCUCGUUCUCCAUGUACUUUGGAUGCGCUGCUCUGGCCGCCUGGUGGCAGCAUAACUACAGUUUUGCCAUAUUCCUGACGGCCAUCUCGGCUCUGUUGGGUUGGCCAUUCGCCGCUCUGAUUGCCAUACCCCUGGUGCUGGAGAUGCUGAUCAGGCAGCGGGACUGGAAGACAUUCGUUCAGUGGACCCUGAUCUCGGGCGCCUCGGUUGCCAUACCCAUGAUUGCCAUCGAUACGAGCUACUUUGGCAAGCUGACCUUUGCUCCGCUGAACAUCGUGUGGUACAAUGUGUUCACUAGCCACGGACCAAACAUCUUCGGCACGGAACCACUUAGCUACUAUAUUAUCAAUGGUUUCCUCAACUUUAAUAUUAUAUGGCUCCUGGCUUUGCAACUACCCAUAAUGCUGGUCAUGGAUUACUUAAUUGUGCCUGCCAAGUCAAAGUCAACGCUUAACUUCCCCCACUACAUCUCACUUGCUCCCCUUUACCUCUGGCUGUUGGUCUUCUUCGCCCAACCUCAUAAGGAGGAGCGGUUUUUGUUCCCUGUUUACCCCCUGAUCUCUCUUUGCGGCGCCAUCACAGUGGAUGUGUACCAGCGCAUCUUCUUCCGCUUCAAGUCUCUGGUGUUCAAGAUCAAGGCAGGCGUUCACUAUCUGGAUCACAGUAUGUUCAUUGCCAUCCUGGUGAUGGUGACAAGUACACUGCUCGGACUCUCGCGGGUGUUUGCCUUGUACAGGAACUACCAUGCCCCCAUGGAUCUGAUGCUGGAGCUUAAUCAGUUCAAGACGGAUCCACAAUAUAAUCCAAACUCCAUCUACAAUGUCUGCAUUGGCAAGGACUGGCAUCGGUAUCCGGGAAGCUUCUUCUUCCCCGCCCGGAACUUCCGCCUGCGCUUCCUAAAGUCCGAGUUCCGUGGCAUGCUGCCAGCGUACUAUGUUAACGGCGACAAUGCCACCCAGGUGGUGCAUCCCUACUUCAAUGAUCUCAAUCAGGAGAACGAGCACAUGUACUUUGAUUAUGACCAAUGCGAUUUCCUCGUCGAUUUCGACGAGGGCAAGUACACGCCGCUGGAGCCCAACUACUCGAAGCGAUCCAAGGAGUGGACAGUGAUGAAGAGCCUACCCUUCCUCAUACCGGAGAAGUCGCACAAGGUGCUGCGUGCCUUCUAUGUGCCAUUCCUCACCGACAAUCACAUUCAGUAUGGCGACUUUAAUCUGCUCAAGCGGAAGGCGAAACGCAAUGGCAGGUAAAGCUAAAGAUCGGUCGUGCCAUUUAAACAGCAUUUUUUCCAUAGCAAAAGUCUGGGAUGAUUUUUAUAGGUAAAGAAAUGAGAUGUUGCACUGCAAUUCCAUGUCAUUAUGAUUUAGGAGCUGUAGGUUUUCAUUUGAGAAUUAAUCUUUCCAUUCCCAAGAUUGUUUUUGCCAAAGUGAAUCCAGAUAUGAUUCGUCUAACCCAGUGAAUAUUAUUCUAUACGUAUUUGUUUCCAAGUCAAAGUCCUAAGUCCUUUGUUUUUAUGUUGUGUCCAUGCCAAAGUUGUGCAGUUCAAUGCUGAAUAUCGAAGUAGAAAAUAAGCCUAAAGAAAAAGAAUAUAUAAACAACGAGAUUCGUACAA